AUGCCCACUCGCAUCGUCGUGCUCGGUGCUGGCGUCUCAGGUCUGACGACGGCUUACCUGCUGUCUCAAGACCCUGAAAAUGAGAUCACUGUUUUAGCAAAGCAUAUGCCUGGCGACUACGAUAUCGAAUACGCGUCCCCAUGGGCAGGAGCCAAUUACAUGCCAGUUGGAAAGAAAGGAAGUAUUCAUCAUGCGUGGGAACGAGAUACUUGGCCAGCACUGCAGGAGAUAACUGAGAAGUAUCCCGAAGCAGGCAUUCAUUUCCUAGGUCUGUUCUUCAGAAUCGCUCGUCGGUCGAUUGCACCACUCACAGCCCUCUCAGAUGCUAUUAUCUAUAACCGCAAGAAAGAUCAGGAGACCGCGACCGGUCAGUGGUUUGCAGAGCUGGUGCAGCCGAAUCCUUGGUAUAAGGAUGUGGUCCCCGAUUUUCGAGAACUGCCUCAGAGCCAACUGAGACCCGAGAUGGACAAUGGACAGCAGUUCAGAUCUGUGUGUAUCAAUACAGCGGUUUACCUGCCCUGGCUAGUUGGCCAAUGCACCAAGAAAGGCACAGUGUUUAAACGCGCUGUUCUCAAACACGUUGCGGAUGCAGCAAAUGCCCACCACUCUGGCAUCAAGGCCGAUGUGGUCGUCAACUGCACUGGACUCUCGUCCAAGUUCCUUGGAGGGGUCUGUGAUGAGAAACUCCUCCCCGCUCGUGGCCAGAUUGUGGUUGUGCGGAAUGAUCCCGGCCCAAUGAUCGGCGUUUCUGGCACAGAUGACGGUGAAGAUGAGGCCUUGUACAUUAUGACACGUGCAGCAGGAGGAGGCACCAUUCUUGGUGGCUCAUACCAGAAGCACAAUUGGGAUCCUCUACCGGACGCGAACUUAGCCAACCGCAUCAUGAAGCGCGCAAUUGAUAUUGCACCUCAAUUGGUGAAGGAGGGUCAAGGAAUCGAAGGACUCGAUAUCGUUCGCCACGGUGUAGGCCUUCGUCCUCUAAGAGAAGGUGGCCCUCGUGUCGAAAAAGACGAAGUUGCCGGAGUCAAAGUUGUACACAAUUACGGACAUGGUGGUUUCGGGUAUCAGGCUUCAUUCGGAUGCGCUCAAAGUGCUGUGGCUCUUGUGGAAGAGGUGAAGGGAAAGAAACCCCGCGCCAAGCUAUGA